AUGAUCUUCUUUUUAAGACCUCUUUCCCGCCUCUCUUGUAAGAGGAAGCAGCCAACCCAGCUUAGGGUUUAUCUCCAAGACAAUAGCGCCGCUCGCCGCCUCGGGAGCGGCUCCGACAGCGCGCGAUGCCCUGCUCGGGCCCUGUGCCCCCGCCCCGCCAACUCCACGGGCGUCCCUGCCGCUGGUCCCCGUGGCUCACCUGAGCCCUGUCCCGUCGAUGCCCCCACCUCACUGGCUUAUCUCGCCCCAAUUCCCCCGCCCCACCAGUCCCUCUGCUCCAUCAGUCCUCGGGCUCUCCAGACCCUCUGCCCUUCCUUGCACCCGUUGAGCGCCAGCGGUCGUGAAGAGCCCGCAGCUCCGCCUGCGCCUCCUAAGCCCGCGGGCGAGAGAGUGGCGCGCAGCCGCGAUCCCGGGACGCCUCCGAGCGCCCAGCGCCCCGGGUGCCCUGGCACCCCAAGCUCUCAAGCGAAAUGGCCUGCGUCUCGCCUCCUCCCUGGCUAG